GCGUAGUGUAUUCAUAAUCAGGGACUAAUGAAAGAUGUCGUUGAGCAGAUGUUUAGUAGUUCUGCAGUUGAUGACUCCCAUCAUCGCCAGCAACUGCAACUUGCAGUUCGAUAGAUCAGCCUUUCUUGCGGCUAACCCGGAGUGGGUCAGUGGAAUCAGCCCAUUCGUGGAUGGGGCAGUCCCAAUCGAGAACGGGGUAGAUUCUACCUACGAGAGCUGUGUCGCCAACCUCAGCUCUCCGUUCAACAACAGUCUGGCGCCAUGGGACCCCGUCUGCCCAGUGUCAUACGAACAGGAAGAUAGGGGAGGGAACUUUUUCCCCAGAUACAGAGUUCAGGCCAAAUGCCUGUGUACCUACUGUAUAGAGAGAAACGCGCACAGUUGUGUUAAAGCCAGAAAGAUGAUGAGAGUAAUGCGAGCUACCUGUGUCUCCGGUGUGCCGUCCUAUGAGUUCUUCAAUGAGACCUUGACCGUGGGGUGUGCUUGUGAUCCAUACAUCCCUCGCACACAACAAGAUUGGCCGCCAGUUACUGAAUAG